AUGGAGCCCAGCGGGAUCGCCUCCUCCAUAAAGGCGUUUAAUGAAUUUGAUCCGGUGGUUGUUUUGAGCCAGCCAAGAGAUGGCUCCAUCGCCGGGCAGUUCAAGUCCGCGAAGACACCAGACGGCAGCCUCGGAAGCGCUACAGAUUCCGCGGCAGGCGCUGCUCCUUCGGACGGCGAUGCGCGGCAGGCACUGCGCCUGCGCAAACUUUUGCCGCCAAAUCUCUCGCCGGUAUCCGAGAGAGGGAAGGAGAGCAGGGAAGGGAUGGAGGCGGCGGUGGCGGAACUCCUUGUCUGCGAGCGGUUCCACCCGCGGCACGACCCCCGCUGGCUCCUGGAGCUGCCGCCUUCUCCGCUUUGCUUGGCGUGCGCCAUUGAGACGCUCCAGGAUGGCGGGGCCUCGCUGGUACGCAAGAAACAUGUGCUUUCCUGCCUUCGGGAUGUUCUGAUUCGGCAUGCAACCCUGGUCAUGCCAUUGCUUGCACAAGACGAAAGAGUAUGUGCUCAUUUCAUAGCAACUUUGUUUGAGAUAUUGCAAACUGUGGAAGACGGCAGUGUACUGGAUUUACUCAUUGAAGUUUUGGUCCUGCUGGUAGUAGGACUGAAGUUGGAGCGAUACCUGCACUAUCUAUUGGAUGAAUGUCAGAAAGAGUUAUGCAAGGUAGCUGCCACAAGAAGCAGCUUGCCCAUGUUUAUUCUUCUUGGAAAACUGGCAGACUCCAUUCCAAUUUUUGCUGAUGUAUGGGUGGUUGAACACAGUAACAUGAUGGAGCAUCUGGCUACAGGUUUGAUGUACCCAAAUGAGAGCAUAAAGGCUGCUGUAUGUUAUCUUUAUGGCAAGCUAUACUCUGUCCCCAGUGCUGCAGAGAGGCUGUUUGUUCAUUUCACAGAGAGGCUGUGUGGCCUCUUUCUGACUACUCUAAAGAAUUCACAGACCAAGGAGCUGCAAGUUAACUGUAUGGGUUUGCUAAAGCAGCUACUGAAAUAUGAUAAGUUUGUUUCAGUUAUUAUGAGUAAUUCAGGAAAAGGAGCAGAUUCUGCAAGCCCAGAGUUGUUUGAGCAAGAAAGUCCAUUACCUUUAAUGAUCAAGAAGCUGUUAUUGUCUAGAGAUGAGGUAUUACAGGUAGCAAGUGCUCAGUGUAUGGCUGCUGUACUAGUGCAUUCUCCAACAACAUAUGGUCCUGCCUUUAUCAGUGCCGAUAUCCCAGAGUUCCUGUUUGAGUGUCUCUUCUGCAUGAGCGAAAUUCUCAUCUGGUCAAUUUAUUGCUGUCUGCUGCUGCUAACUGAGGAACAGCUUUUCUUUUCCAAGUGUCACACUGUCUAUGGCAUUGAACCUGUUUUAAGGAGCCUGAAAGAAAUCUUGCAUCUCAAUAAUGUGGAAUUGCAAAAGCAGGGGCUUCUGCUUUUUACUGAAAUUUUAAAAUGGCAGCCAGCAGAAAUCAAAUUAUUUACAAAUACAUCUGUCUUUAAAGAUGCAGUUAGUGUUCUUCUAGAGGCUUUAAACUGUCCUGUUCUUGAAGUAGCAGCUGAAGCUGUGAAAGCUGUAGCUGCAAUAUUGAGAAAGGAUCAUGUGACCAUCCCACCCGUACUAUACAAAGAGUUACAGAAGCUGGUUGAAGGUGUAUUAAAGCGGUGUAGUGAUCUUCCACUGCCAAUUCUUAAUAGGAGGCUCAUGGGUCAACCAGGCAGCAGACAUCAGAACAAAACAGUUUCACAGCAGGGACAGUUCCUGCAGAGUGCUUUAGAAAGCUUCAGAAAUGCUUGUAGAUUAGCUGUGGAAUCACAGAACGACCCUGUGGCUCAGGAGAAUUCUUUCACUGCUCCCAACUCGGAGAACGAAGAUACACUGAAAAGCUUUUCCGAGUUUCUGCUGAGGAUCUCUGACUCUCUUUGCAUUCCCAUAGUCAUGAAAUUUUCAGAAAGAGCUGUCCACCCAGCUCUCAUGGAAGUCUUAAUUUCGAUCCUCAACAUCUUAUUCAGUGUUAUGCCAGACUCAUGUAAGAGAUUCUCCAUGAAGCUGGCAUCUUCAUCUUUCAUCCAACUGAACCUGGAGCUGAAGGCCAAAUUCUGCACUGCACAAAGUAAUCCUGGUUUGAAUCAUGCUUGUUCAAGCUUCCUGCAUAGCAUAUGCCUCAAUCUUCAUUCAUCCUCAAAGAAGCUGGAGGAUUCUUCCCAAGAGGAUGAAACUCUUCGUAGUCACCAGUAUAGUCUCCUGCUUCUUUUCUACUUUGCUUUUAGUCAAGGAGACAAAUUUGUUCCAGAAACAGAGCUUUUCUCAGCUAUAAGAAGUUUCCUCCUGUCAAUCCAAGACCAAGGAGACUGUCCACCCCCAUAUGUCUUCAAAGCUGUUUUGUACCUUCUGGCAAUCUGCCAAGACAAGACCGAAGCUUUAGACUUGGCUUCGCUCUCUGCUAUAAGGAGGAUCCUGGAUAGUAUAUCUGAUCUGAGCCUGGUGUAUGUCCAUCAUCCUCUGCUCCUCAAUUUUUUUUUACGCUAUCCUGAAUUUAUGGGAAGAUUUGGUCACCGCAUCCUUCAUCUAUGGCUUUCCUGUGAAGACUACAGCCACACUGAAUCUGAAGAUACCGACAAAAGACUCUCUGCUGGCUUUUCUGACUCCUUAAACAACUUUAACAGUUUGCUUUGCAUGCUGAAGGGCAAUCCCAGUACUUUACUUGUCUUGCUGGAUCUAGUCUGCGUUGGCACCAAUGAAGUAGCCCACAAAGUCCUCAUUACCCUGAAGGCCUUCCUGAAAAUAGAUGAAAAUGUCCACGUCUGUGACCUUCUUCGAAGCCAAUUUCUACAGAUUCUGCAGAAUCUUCUUGUAGAAAACAAUUCCAGUAUUUUGCAAGUCAACCAGGCCCAGCCCCUUUUAUUGAACCUCCUCUUCCUGGUUCAACUCAGGCAUGCGACUGAAAGAGAGCUGGACAGCACAGAUUUCAGAUUGCUUCAUCUGGUCAGCAAUUUGUCUGGAAAAUGCAGCCCAACAGACCAUGAAAUUCUGCACCCGUCCCUCAACUACCUGUAUUGGAGCCUUCAGCAGACAACACCAGCCAGCCAGAAAACAGUGGUGGCUAUGUUAUUUUCCAACACACCUUUGCUAGAGCUACUUGAGAAAAUUAUCCAUCUCACUUGGUUGCCAGCCUGUUCUUCUGAACCUGCUUUGCCCUCAUCCAGUGAAGCACUUCUCUGCUCUGCUUGGCUGCUGAUUUCUUCUCUCUUGACUCAACAACAUAUUUACAAUACAGAGGUUGAUCAUAUUAUCUGCCUUGACGUGGACCAGGUCUUCAGCGCACUUGCCUUCAAGAGGAAGAAACCCACACUGUUCUUUGUCAGCAUCCUUCAGUUUCUGAGAGCCUUCUUUAGGCAGAACCUCUGUUCCUCCUUUGUGAAGUUUGCUGUCCGGUCUACAGAUGAACAUGGGAAUAAACUGCCACAGUCAAAAGAGGAUGCCUCUCUGUGCCCAGUAGCCAUGCGGCAUGUAGUGCCCUUGGUUAUCCGUCUACAGAACCUCCUACUCCAGAAGGACCUUUUGCUAUCUCAAACAGUUAUUGGCUGUCUUGAAGUCUUGUUGGAAUACCUGUAUUCAAGGAACCCGAUCACUGCAUCCCAUAUUGUCUCACAACCAUGGAAUAAAUUCCUGCUGAUCUCACUCCUGGAUAGUGUCGAUAAUUCAUUUCUUCACCCAGAAAUUCUAAGACUAGUUGCUUUGUUUAUAAGGUUUCAGAGCACUAGAAUUAUUUCUCCAAUUGAAAUUGGCCGCAUACUUGAAGAAGCAGCUAGUACUAAACUGCCAGAACUUUCUGAUGUCACAGUCAGUGCACUUCGCUCCUUUCUUGUUCAGCUUCAAAGUGGAAAAUGUCAGGUGGAUUCAACUCAAGCAGCAUCUGUUCAGACCUUGCUGGAGAGCCUCCCAUCAACAAGCAGGAGUCAGCCGACCUUUCCAGGCAUGAUAUGUCUUGGAGGAGUGGCAGUUUCUCUCUCACAUAUCAGAGACUGAAAUGAGAAGGCAAACAUUACUGAGCAGAGAACAUAAUGGAUAAAGCAACUUGCCGUUAUAAUUUCUUACCAGCCAAAGGCUUAAAGGAAUAUAAUACAAGUGAUUAAAGCCUACAGGAGUGAUUUUGU